AUGUGUUAUUGUCAGCAGCAGCUGACAACAUCCAUCGAUCUCACUCAAUCCUGUGUCAAGAGGCUCGCGCAGAUUAUGGGAAAGGGGGAGUAUCUGAGGAUAGCAGUGGAGGGAGGCGGAUGUUCAGGAUUCCCGUUUAGAUUCUCAGUGGAUACUGUAAAAAAUUAAGACGACAGAGUGUUUGAAAAGAAUGGUGUUGGGAUAAUAGUUGACCAGGACAGUCUGGAGUUUGUGAAAGGAUCCACCGUUGACUUCAGUCAGGAACUCAUCCGUUCUUCCUUCCAGGUGCUGAAGAACCCACAGGCUGAACACGGCUGCUCAUGCGGCUCAUCUUUCUCUGUCCAAAUCUGACACCCUU